AGUUCUCACACUCGUACCACAAACAAAACAUUCAAACAAGCGAACAAACAAACGUUUCGUAAAUAAUUUUAAUAACGUCUAAAAAAUAUCCUGCUGAUUAAAAUUACAUAAAAUAAUAUCACACUAUUGAUAAUUCGUCAGUUGGGGUCGAGUUCUUGUAGCAAUUUUAGUGAAUUUGUUCAAAAUGGCGAGCAAGCCGUAUCCUUUAGAAAUUCGUGAUUUGGAACCUCAUGAAGCGGAGAAGAUGAAAGUAUUCUCCGGUGAAAAGACGGGUUUUGUACGCAUAGGACCAAAAGGGUAUAUCGUUCAAAGCCGAUUUUUGGAAGUAGCAGCAGACAUAUAUAACAUGGAAAUACGACCGAGCGAUGUGUUUGUCAACACAUAUGCACGAUCAGGGACUACAUGGACUCAAGAGUUGGUUUGGCUCAUUGCGAACAAUUUGGACUACGACACUGCAAAAUCAAUUGUACUAAGGCAAAGAUUUCCAUUUUUGGAAUUUUCAAGCAUUUUUCACUCGGAAAUGAUACAGUAUUAUCUAGAACAGAAUAAAGGAGAUGAGAAAAAGCAGAAGGAAAUUAAAAUGAUGACGUCGCAUAUCGUGGACCAACUGGCGUCGGCGCCUUCUCCUCGUUUUAUAAAAACACAUCUGCCACUCUCCCUGUUGUCACCAAAUGUGCUAAACGCUAAAGUAGUGUACGUAGCAAGAGACCCGAGAGAUGCCAUCGUCUCAUUCUACCUAUUGAGCAAAUCAAUGACGUUCUUAGGAUGGACGGGUGACUUCAAAUCAUUUUGGGAUUUGUUCAUUAGUGAUUUACUGUACUGGACACCGUACUUUGAACACCUGAAGGAGGCGUGGGAAAAACGUCAUCAUCCAAAUUUGCUCUUCAUGUUCUUUGAGGAUCUAAAAAAGGACUUACCGGCGAUGAUAAACCGUGUAUCCGAUUUCAUGGGGAAGAAAUACAGUGACGAAGAGGUGGCAACACUUUGUGAACACCUUCAUAUUAAGAACUGCAAGAAAAAUCCUGCUAUCAAUAUUGAAAUAUUUAAAGAACUCGGUGUCACGAAACCUGACUUAGAGUUCAUCAGACAAGGAAAAACAGGCGGUUGGCGCGACUACUUCGACGAAGAGAUGAUAGCACGAACGGAUAAAUGGAUGGAAGAAAACUUGCGCGACACAGAUCUGCGAUUCCCAAGUGCAGAGUAGUUUUAAAAUGAUUAUACUUGAAUGCUUUUCGUAUUUCUAUAAUCAAUGUGUUUUGAUCAAGCUUUAGACAUUUUUAUUAUGAAACCAUUACAAUUUUUGAACGACUUGAGGUAUUGUAUGUCCUGUAAUAAUUACACUGAGACAUUUAUUAACAUGUU